GCGGCCCCGCCGAGUGCCGGGGGUGCCCCCAGUGCUACCGGCGUGGGCCCGGCUGGAGGGGCGGUGUGUGCGCGCCCGGAGAGCGUUCUGAGCCCGAAGGUCUCGCUGCUGAGUUUGUUCCCUGAAUAUUCCCGGACCUGGCAGAAGGGAGCAAGUCAUAAGAAGAUCUAUACGAAGAAAAGAAAACUUGUGCAGAGGGACGGAUGGAGGAAGAUUCAGAAGGAGUGGGAGGAGGAGACGACAAAGGCUGGCUAGAAUUUUUCUGAAAUUUCUUGGGCUCUUCUCCUUUGGCAAGUGGAGAAUGACAGAAAAAUGUUAACAGAGCUACGUUGACUCUGCAAUGGACUGGUAUCCCACCGUUACUCUGUUGCAGAUCCCGAAGACGUGCUCUCAAGGAAGCGUUGCUUCUAAACAUCAUAAGAUAGCCUGCUUUCAGGUCUGAGGUGGGGACAACAUGUUGCCUCCUUUAAUUACAGUCUGAGAAUUAACUUCAUGUGGAAGAACACAACAAAAAGAAAUGGAAAAUCUGCAAGACAUUUAAUGAUGAAAUAGGCUCAGUUCUCAUGAUUUUUCUCAUAUGCUUCUCCUCAAGCCAUGGAUGAAUACAGCUGCUUUGUGGAUUGGGACAAAAUGGAUGUUACUGUCCAGAGCCAGGAUGCAAAGGACCUAACCUGCACGGAGUUCCAGGAACUCAAGCAGCUGGCCCGACAAGGCUACUGGGCCAAGAACCAUUCUCUGAGAGCCAAAGUGUACCACAAGCUAAUUAGCAAUAUCCCAUGCCGCACAGUGACCCCGGACGCAAAUGUUUACCGUGACAUUGUUGUGAAGAUUGUUGGAAAGCGUAACAGUAACUCCCUGCCACUACCAGAGUUUGUUGACGACAGCCUCGUCCCUACGUACUGCUUGAAUGCUGAAGGCAUUGGGGCAGUCAGGAAGAUUAUUUUGUGCAUUGCAAAUCAGUUCCCAGACAUAUCGUUUUGCCCAGCACUGCCUUCUGUGAUAGCUUUGCUCCUUCACUACAGCAAGGAUGAGGCAGAGUGUUUUGAACAGGUUUGCCGCAUCCUUGCUUGCAAUGACCCUUCUAAGCGGCUCAUUGAUCAGACAUUCCUAGCCUUUGAGUCCUCGUGCAUGACUUUCGGGGACCUGGUUAACAAGUACUGUCAGGCAGCACACAAGCUGAUGGUGGCAGUGUCUGAGGACGUGUUAGAGGUAUACUCGGACUGGCAGCGGUGGCUCUUCGGAGAGCUGCCCAUGGCAUACAUUGCUCGGGUCUUUGACGUGUUUCUGGUGGAGGGCUACAAAGUUCUCUAUCGUGUUGCACUGGCUAUUCUGAAAUUUUUUCACAAAGUCAGAGCUGGGCAGCCCAUGGAGUCUGACAGCAUACAGCAGGAUAUUCGAGCUUUUGUGAGAGACAUUGCGAAGUCAGUGUCUCCAGAGAGGCUUCUGGAAAAAGCCUUUGCUAUCCGCCUUUUCUCACGGAAGGAGAUCCAGCUGCUGCAGAUGGCCAACGAGAAGGCUUUACAGCAGAAGGGCAUCACAGUCAAACAGAAAAGUGUGGCAUCUCCAAAAAGACAGAACGUGCACUUGGCAGUCCAUGCUGAGAACUUCAAGUCUGAAAUCGUCAGUGUGAAAGAGAUGCGAGAUAUCUGGUCAUGGAUCCCAGAGCGCUUUGCACUUUGCCAGCCCCUCUUGCUCUUCACCACCUUGGAACAUGGCUGUAGUCUGAGCAGGUUCUAUUCUCAUAGUGAGGGACAUGAACCAACUCUUCUUCUCAUCAAGACCACAGCAAAGGAGGUCUGCGGUGCUUAUCUGUCAACUGACUGGAGCGAGCGGAGACGAGGCGGGAACAAGCUGAGUUUCUUUGGAACUGGGGAGUGCUUUGUAUUUAGGCUGCAACCAGAAGUAGAACGCUAUGAGUGGGUAAUCAUAAAACAUCCAGAACUGGCCACAAGUGGUUCUGAACCAGGAAAUCAUGUCUCACCAGCUUCCAGCACCCUUUCGUCCCGUAGCCUUCCAUCAGACCCAUCAGAUCGCCUUUCUCCUUUCUUAUCAGCUCGGCACUUCAACUUGCCUUCUAAAACAGCCUCCAUGUUCAUGGCUGGCAGCAGUGAAUGCAUCAUUAUAGGAGGUGGUGAUGGCCAGGCUCUUUAUCUCGAUGCAGACCUGAACCAUGGAAGAACCAGCCACUGCAAUACUUUCAAUAAUCAACCAUUGUGUUCUGAAAGCUUCCAGAUCUCUGUCUUGGAGGUGUGGGGCUUCAGGGACACCAUGAAUGGCUGACAUGACUAUCAUUAUUCAGGCAGUUUUUCAGUUGUCUUAGGAUUUCCAGGGAAAAUUCUAAUGCAGGAGCCUAGUUAGAACAUAAUUACCUGUGGGCACAGUGUUCCUUAAUAAUUACUAAGCAGUGCACUUGAAUGCAGGGCUUAGUUGUUUACUUUUAUUUAAGGCAAGUUAAAGUGAAGUGAUGUACCUGAUUAACUCCUUAGCUCAUUACCUCUAGAUACCAGAUCUGGCUGGAUUCAGGUGUUGAUAUUAGGUAAAAGUGAAAAUGGAAUGAUUUCAAACCAUCUUAAAUGUAUACAAGUCAAUAUCGCAGGACAAUUUUGCUGUUCAAUGCAAUUCCUCGGAGACACUGAGCUGCCUGAGGUGUACUGUAGAGCUGUGUGCCACUGGAAAAAGUAUCUUGCUUGAGCCAGUAACCUGAAACGUCCUUUCACAGGAAUAUUGGAGACCUCAGAUUUGACAAAAGGCAUAAAAAAGUUCAUAAAGGCAUGACAAAAGUUCAUAAAAUCAUUGCCCUGCUGUCAACAGACAUUGUGCAGACAAAUCAGGAGCUAUUAUCAGUACCAUUUCAUGAGAAAGUGAUGAAAGUCCUUAAUUCUCAAAGGAACUGUGAUUGCUAGUUACCUUCCUCCUUGUACCUGAGCCCUUGAUACAUUCCAGUUGCAUCUGUUUGAGGAGGCUGCCUCUGAAGAAGGCGUCCAGACAGGACAAUCAUAUCUCAGAGACUUGAUUCUUGUUUACAUUUGUAUUCCAUAUCAGUAUAAUAAUUUCAGUCUGACUUGUGUUUCAGGCAGCUGAAAGCCUAAGAUUAUGUGCAGUGCUUAGACACUUCCAUUUCUUUGUCUUUUGUGGAAGCUGAAAUGAAGCUUUAAAUCUGAGAAUAAUUGUGCUGAUAUCACUAAACAUUUGGGGAAUUAAACAUCGGUGUACAGAAGGUUAAUGUACUCUCCUGAAGUUAAAUGGAGGAAUGUGGGAGGGGAAUCUUCUAUGUAACGUUGUUCUGGAAGUAAACGAGUUUCCCAGGAGAACUCUAGGUGACGCUGUCUUUCCAUAUCAUGAGUCUUCCCUGCGAUGAGAUUCUGAACAAGGUAUUGUUCUUUUGCCAUCUGUGGUUGGGUCAGGUGUGGUUGAUGCAAAGAAGUUUUUGCUUAUUCCUGAGAAUUCAAGCGUGCAGUUCUGUUCUGCAAGCACACCUCAUGCUCUGUGAUCUCUGGAGGCAACUGCUGUCUGUCUUUAUCUAAAACUGCCUGUAAGUACUUCAGAGCCUCUCCCACAUGAAGCACAAGUACAUAAAUAUCAGUGGGUAGUCCAGAGCAUGCCACAGGGUGUUCUCAAAACUUCAGUGAGAGAUUCACUAGUAAGGUGAUUUACUACUAUGGGUGAAAUGAAGGGAAAAGAGGAAGUGAGGUGUUUUUUUUUCAGCUGUUCAAUCUAAAAAACUCUAUUGGAGUGGGGAAAAUGUUGUUACUACUUAAUCUUGAAGUUCAUAAAGGGAAAAACUUAAAAUUUUUAGUGGUAAAAUCUCAGCUGGGCUGAUCAGAAUCAUGUUAAUAUUCAGAGGUCACAGGUCAGUCAGGUUGAUGAUGUUGGCUUGUUUAUCAUGUCAGCAGUGAGGUAUGUGUCUUGGUAGAUUGUUGCCACUUGCAAAGUCAAUGAAUGAACUUGGCAAAAAUGUGAGUUUCUUCUUAUGGUGCCAUUUCGAAUUUUUUCAAAAUAACCCCUUGAAAUACUAGAUUGCAUAUACAAAUUUACGGCAUCUUUUGCACUGAGUAUAUCUGCUAGUAGAUUAUUUCUUACUGUUUGAGAGUAAGCAUGGGUCCUCUUUCCCACUUAGCACUCAGUGAGUUCUGCCCGGCUGUUGAUUCACGUACUGCUUGCUCUUUUCAUGGGUUUACUGUAAGCUUGGUUGAACUGGAAGGGUUGAUGUAAUCAGUAUUAUAAUAAUUAUACAGUGUAAUCAGUAUAGAUAUUGAUGGGAAGGGGCUUGAACUUCUGGCUUUUUACAAACAUUGGCUGAUGCUGCCUUACUACUUUUUUUCAAAGCUGGCAGUAUCAUGUUGCACUCAAUAAUAUCCCACAAAGUUCCUCUGACAAAAUAAAACACUUGGAAAAUGUACCGUGUUUAGUAGGAUUUCUUGAGUGUAGGUGGGAUUUGUUAGCUUUGUCCGUAUCAACUCUUUUUUCAGCUUGCCUGUGAAGUGCCCUUGCAAGAAAAUAAUAGCAUUAAUUUUCAACUUGUCAAGUUUUUGGAAAUUCCCUAGAGCUGCAUUUUGGCAGGAUUUGUGUGACUUCGGUAUUACACUCCAAAUGAAUAGCUUUUAUGUGCAAAAUCUCUCCUGCAGCUGGUGGUGGUGAUGUGACUUUUCUCUCUCCGUUCUUGCUGGAUGCAACUGUAUCAGUAAAACCGGAGUGCGGUACCAUGUCUUAAGUGAAACACUGUUCCUUUCCCUGGUCUGUUCUUAGUGCACUGAUAUUUGGGUGUUUGAAAUCAGAAAUUACUCGUAGUGGGUCAGAAAUUUGUAAUAGCGUAUUAGUGUGAGAAUUCAGGGACUGAUGCUAAAAAUCAGUGAGAUUCAGACAUCUGAGUCUCGAGUCCUUUUCAAAAGUCAGUUCUAGGACUCAGCCCAGAUUUCCUUAUAUCAAGUGAGAACAGCUUCUGGUCCCUCUGGUGAAGGAUCACAAAAGCCCCCUGUUAGGUAGCUUAUCUGGAUGACCAACCAAUCUUUCGCAUGGGACUAAAGGUAGAUCUUAUCUUCAUUCUUAAAGCAACACAUUGCAUUGGGUGGCACGACUCAGUGGUUGGCAGUGUCUUAACAGCUGCUCUGUCCAUGCAUCAGCAGUUAGGGGAGGGGUCCUUGGAGCACACACUGCCCACAGAACAAUUUGAACUGUGACUUGUACGAGUUUGCAAACCACAUCAGAGUGUAGAUGCCGUUUCAGACAGGUAGAUGGGGUGCCAGGUGAUCCUCCUUCUGCUGCCUAGUGAUAUUCUUAUCAAUCUUAAACCAUUGCUGCAAUGUGUGCUUCUUUAGUCCUUGUAGCCACCUCCUCUUGCAGACAUCCCGGAACACUACUGUAUUGUUCUGAAUUUGAAUAACCUAAAUAAACAAGAGGCUGCAAUAAUCUAGCAAGAGGAAUUAUACAAAGCUGUGUCAUCUUCACACAUUCCUUUGGUCCAGUAAAAAUGAAUGUUUCUUUUCAAGUGCAAGUCCUCGUGUGUGGUUUUCACUGUUUGUGAGACAUCUUAGAGGAAUAGCAGUGGGACUUGACUCACCAGUAGUGAAGAGGCUUUUUUCUUUCCGUGUAGUUAAUGGUUGUUGCUAACCAAGUGUAUAUCAAAGUCAGGUAAUUAAGCCAACAGUUUGUACGUUCCAUGCAAGACGCGAGAGGUGGACUGCAAACAAACUGCUCUUGAAGAAAAUGGGAACAGUGGGCACCUUAUCACAAGGUUAAAACUGUCCGAAGGUCCCCCAGCUGCAGAGUGUUUUGAUCGCGUUACAACUGACUGUUGGAGUGCCCUCCCUCGUGUUUGUAGUCCUGUUGGCAGCCAAGCACUAGUGUCACUUGAUAAACUGUUCAGCGUGAAGCUGGAGAGCCGAAGGCUGUGCGUCAGCUACCACAGUCCUGCAAGAGCAGUUUGCUUUCCUGAGAAGCUGUUUUUGCUUUGUAGUAUUCUCUUGAAGGCAGAAAAGACUAGAAACUCCUGACAUUAGAAACUUGCAUUUAUUUCUAAGUGGCAUUUAAGCUGUUGCCAGGCCACAGGAACUGUUUCCAGGUGCUAGACAGAGGGGACAGCCUUCCUCUUGAGACCUUGAAGCUGUCGUUCCUACACUUUGAUACACUAACUUUUCUGAUGAAGUAUGUUAAGGGGAGAGGGAAGGGGGAAAAAAACUCGGAUUUCCUCUGGGUUGAGAUAACUGAAAACAAUAAUAGUUGGAGGGGCAAGCAGUACUGAUCUUUGAGGAGCUGAACCUUAAUGCCCACAGAGAUCUGCGUUUAGUCAUGGAGGGCGGGCACAUAUCAAUCAGCUCCUGUUGGUGUGCUUUGAAGUUCUGCACCUUCUCCUUUGAAAUGUGGCCUCAUUUCUGCGGGGGAGGGAGCUUCCUCUGCUGACGGCGCAGUCACCGUCGUGAUGCCGAUGCCAUGGCGAGUGGGGACCAAGAGCUCACCUGCAGCUGUGGCACCGGAGGAGCUGAGCUGCUGCUGCUGACCCCCGGAGUGUGACCGUUAGAUCCGAGUCUCAGGCACCCCACUCUUCACCUGGGAUGCCUUUCUGCCAGCCCUGUCAUUGUCCUGAGUGUUGUGCGGAACUCCUCAUAGCUGAGAUGAAUGUGUGUGUUGUUUGGUGUGACCUUUUUGCUUCGGAUGAGUGGGUGUGCUGCUGAACUGCUUUCCGACCCGAUUGUUGGAAUUGCUGCCCUGCAUUGAUGCUGGUUUUGUUACUGUGAAGAAUCUUGCAUUGUAUUGAAAGGUAUUUGACUGUGGAAGCUACUGACUUUGUUCUUCAGCAAAGCUGUCUGUGGAUUUUUCCUUGUUGUAGACCUCAGAGCAAGCAAUAUGGUAAAACUGAGAAAUAAACCUUUGAGC